GUCCAUUCUUUUCGUAUCAAUGGUGUCAAAAUGAGUGGUGAUAAUCCAAAACCACCACAUUCACCAGAGAGUGAUUUCAGCAAGCAAUGGCCUUCGGAGCUCUCUCAGUACCUGAAUUUUGAUGAUGAUCAAUGGUCAUAUGAUGACCUGGAUUCGUUUGUUUCAGGGCAUGCUUUCAGCCAUAAGACUGAAGCCAUUGAAGUUGGUGAGGUUGGAGGAAGUAGCACCCACCAUGAAGGGUCUUCUUCUAUCAACGAUGGUGAUGAACAUGAGAAGAAUGAAGUGAAAGAUAGAGUUGCAUUCAAAACAAAGUCAGAGAUAGAAAUAAUGGACGACGGGUUCAAGUGGAGGAAGUACGGAAAGAAGAUGGUGAAAAACAGCCCAAAUCCAAGGAACUACUACAGGUGUUCAGUGGAGGGAUGUUCGGUGAAGAAGGUAGUUGAAAGGGACAAGGAUGAUCCGAGGUAUGUGAUAACAACCUACGUAGGCACGCAUACGCAUCCGAGUUACAGUUAAGUCGAAAAUUAAGAAGUUGAAGUUCCUGGGGACAUAGUAGUGUGAAUGUGCUCUUGCCAAAUGUUAUGUGGCAGUGGAAUAUUAGAGUUUGUAAUUGUUCCUGAACAAUUGAACUUUAAGGACUAAUUAAGAAAAUCACAUUUAAGUUUAUAUAUGCUCUAAUCAUCAGUUAUUG